UUUCAAAGGUAAGAAUGAUGCGAAGCCUCGCCAGGAACGUGCUUCACAGAGCUUACAGCUCUGUAGCAUCUAAUUUCAAAGAAGUCAAAAUCCCAGUUCCUUGGGGGCAUGUAGCAGGUAAAUGGUGGGGUCCGCAAGAAAAACAGCCGGUAAUCGCACUGCACGGCUGGCAGGAAAACUGCUGCACCUACGACCCGUUGAUGAGGGCCCUUCCGUCUGACGUGAGCGUGCUCGCGCUGGACAUGCCUGGUAACGGACAGUCCCCUAAGUUUACAUCUCAUGGAGCAUUCCACUACAUGGAGGACGUGAUUGCCUUGCGAGCAGUGAUCAACCAAUUGAAAUUUAAGGACAAAAUCAAGUUCAUGUGCCAUUCCUACUCGUUCUCCAUUGGAUUUAUGUACGCCGUUUUGUACCCCAAGGAAGUGGAUAGAGAGUUGGUGAUUGAAAAACUCAAGCCAGAUGCGAUGGUCCCCGAAUUUCUCAUCAAACACGGCAGCAAGAAUUUAGACAAGCUGGUCGAUGUCUACAUAGAGGAGAAAAACAAGGAGGGCACCAUUGAGGAGCAUGCAGCUCACUACCGAAAAUCUGCGAUGAACAGCAUGUCGUUGGACAACGCCAAACUGCUGAUGGAGCGGUCAGCGGUCUUGAAUCCAGACACCGGCCUGUACGUCAUCAAACGCGAUCCUAGGGGGAAAUAUAACGUUUACUUCAGCUUCCCGAACGAAUUCUACAUUGAGAUAUCUAAAAACUACCAUUGCAAAACUUUGUACAUCACGGGAAGCAAAGGGUUGGCGUUUGAGUCAAAGAAAAUUAUCAAGGAGGUUCUGGACGUAAUCGAAAAGAAUGCUGAGGUUGAAUUCGUGACAGUGGAAGGGUCUCACCACGUGCACAUGGAAAACCCCCACCUCGUCACACCACACGUGCUCAGGUUCCUGUUUGAAAGAGAGGACCAAAAAUGUGCUGUUUCUCAAUAGUCUGAAUGGACAUCAGUAAAAGGAGUACAAAAUUAAUUCUGAAUAACUGCAAAAAGACGUAGUCAUAAAAAACGAAUUAUUUGAUUGUUUAUUUAUAUUUUGUUCAUAUCAAUGAAUUUUGGGGUUUAAAAUCUUGUAUACCAUGUAUACACAAUAAAAACAUUUCCUUUAAAUCGUGAUCA